CAAGUGGCAAUCAAGACUUCCAUUAAAGGUAGGUAGGUAGGUAGGUAGGUAAUAUAAAAGCAUGAGUUUUCGUUAUAAAAUUCAGUCAGAAAUAACGUAUCAACAUGAGAACAUUAGUUUUUUUAGCCGCCUUAGGAGUUGCAACUGCAGCUCCCCAGUUGCACACUUCACGAAUUGUUGGCGGCUCCGAUACCGAUGUCGAGACAUAUCCUUUCAUGUCGAACAUGCAACGUAGCUGGUUUCUGAUUUGGUGGUUUCAAUCAUGCGGUGGUACUCUCAUUACUAGAACGUCUGUGCUUUCUGCUGCACAUUGUUAUUACGGUGAUUCGUCGUCCGAAUGGCGCGUUGUACUAGGAACUUCUUUGGCAUCGGGCACAGACAGCAUCCAUUACGUGUCUAAAUUAAUUGUUCACAAAGAUUACGAUCCAAAUCUUCUCGUCAACGAUGUUGCAAUAGUCAAGCUGGAAACCCCUGCAAGUUUGUCCAAUCGCAUUAAUGUUGCGAGCAUUGCUGGGCCACACUUCCACCUGCCGGAUGACACUCAAGUCACCGCUAUAGGAUGGGGAACUCUAUCGUCUGGUGGUGCUUCGGUGGAGCAAUUGCAGCACGUCGAUCUUAAUAUCAUAAACCAAAAAAUUUGCGCUGAACGAUAUGCUAAGUUAAAGGAAACACCGGGAUACGAAGGAUGGCCAAAUAUUACUCCUGGAAUGAUCUGCUUGGGCAUCCUCGAUAUAGGGGGCAAAGACGCUUGUCAAGGAGAUUCGGGUGGACCAGUGGUAUACAAUAGAUCAAUUUCCAUUGGUAUAACAUCAUGGGGAUAUGGUUGUGCCCACAGCCACUAUCCUGGAGUGAAUACACGAGUGUCUUCCUAUACCGACUGGAUUGUAACAAAUGCCAAAUAACUACUUAAUUUAUUUUCUGAUAUUACAUCUAGGUACAUUAUUGAUGUAUUACCAAUUACUAUCAUGUCUGACAGUCUGAUGUAAAAUUGUUAUAACAUUAUAAGUACAUAAUAAU